AUGAAUAAAGAUAAAGAAAAAGGUCCAAAACCAAAUAAAAAUGAAGAUAAAACAGAAAGUGAGAAACGACAAUGGAAAACAAAAUAUGACGACUCUACUAUUCGAAUUAGACUUGAAAAAAAUUUGUAUGAGAAGUUAAUUGCUAUUAAAGAAGUUAAUGCCACUCAAAGACUAUCACUGAAUAAAAUUAUCAAUCGUUUGUAUGAUAGUUAUAUCACAAGAAACCCACAGUUUGCUUCUAUUGACAGUCAAGUUGUAAGUGAACAAGACCAACUACCAAAAUCAAGUGAGGUUGAAGAAAAAAAAGACUGA